AUGUCACAGCCAACUCUCGUAUUCAUCGUUAAUCGUUGCUUCAUGAGCAAUGACUGCCAUACAAAUUUCAACUCAUCACAGAAUCUGCGGCGCCACCUUAGUCAGGUCCACGAGUUCGAUUUUCCUAACCGCAUCAAAAGGCCACGGUUGCACAACAGCGAAUUGUACAUGUACCUUAGCGAACCCUCUGCUCCCUCGAAUCAGACUGUUUCAAUUCAAAGUAUUUGCCCUGUUUGCGACAAUCAUUUUGAAGAAGUGGCUGCUCUGAAAGCGCAUUUCGUGACCACCCACCAGGAGCAUCUCCCC